AUGAAGAGGGUAGCAAGAUCUCUCACGGUGGAUGGCCCGGCCACAAAGAAGGUAAAGACGGAGCCUUCUGAAGUCACUCCAGUCCCUGCUGCAUUGGAAGCUUCCUCCCUCCGGGGCCACCAUUCUUUCAAGUAAGUUGAGAAGACUCGAUAUACUCCACGUACCAAAUCCCCUUGAUGCUCCGAUGUACUAUUGCGGCCUUUCUUACAUCUCAGCCCGAGACCACUGGCUAACGUAACAAUCAGGGCUCCGGGAGACAUGAUUACCUUGAUCAUAGGCGAUGGCGAUGCACAACGCUCGUUCUUCGUUCAUAGAGAUAUCCUUUGUCGUCAAAGCCGCUUCUUCCAACACGCUUCCAGCAAAGACCAAUGCAUCAAACUCCCAAAAGACGAUCCAGAAGUUAUCCAAGCUAUGGUAUACUGGAUGUAUGAGGAAAAGGUCUGCAUACCUCAAAUAUCCAUCGACCAUGGCCUUGACUUGCGUGAAAUCAACAAUGACAACGUCAUGGGCACAGCCUGGGGUCUCUUUGUGAAGUUGUUUUUGCUUGCGGAAAAAUUUCAGAUUGCGGCGCUUGAGUAUGCUGCAAUGAAAGCUUUCGUCCAUCGGUGGAACGAGGGUUCCUCUGAACCAAACCAUGCUCAGCGAUUGGUAACAUUGCGUGUUGCAAUGCAUGUAGUCUCCUACGUAUACAAUCACACACGCAGCUCAGAGUCACCUCUUCGACAUAUGCUGUUGCGUCUGAUCGUUGCUGACUUAAGUGCCUCCGUCGAUUACUUGUCCCUCCUCAGAGCUCAAGUCAGACCAUCUUCUUUUGCAGACAUCACUUACGAGUUAGCCAAACUUCAUAGUGACAUAGGUAGCGAAGUGGAUAUCGAAGACGGAUGGGUGACGUUCCUCGGGGGAAUGGUCGCACCCUCUGACCCUGGGUUCCUUACAAGAUUACACCCAUACUACGAAGAUGUUGAGGAUCCGAUAGCCAAACCCUAUUGUGUCUACAACGUUUCCCAAAACUAGAAAGACUGACUCAAAUCAUCCGCACUUCUCCUGAAAUACAGCAGACGUGAGUCAUGUUCCGCUGUAUUUUGCAAUUACUGACGGAUUUGAUCAGAUUAGAUAGCCUCUCCACCACGCUUCACACAAACUUUCAGUUUGAGUUAGAUGAGCUAUUGAUAUCUAGCAGCUGAAUCGUCUAGCAGGUCUGUAUUUCUGUGUCAGCAUGCCACCAUUCGGGGCCAAAGGAAUCAACUAAUGGGCUGAGUGAAAGCUCGAUCACCCAGACCGGAGAUGUCAUAGCUUUCUUUGG